UAUCAUUGAGUAAGAAUGCGGGUUCUGUUAGUCGGUUUGGCUCUAAUAGUGGCGGCGGCGGCGGCGGCGGCCUCGGUGCUGCCCACAGCGGAGCCGGUCCUGGGGUACCACGACGCCGUGGGCAUCCCUCACGCGGCCAAAAUCAAGGCAGUGGAAGACCGGUACUUCGCCAACCAAGACGAAGACGUGCCAAUGGACCCUCGCAUUGUGGGAGGAGUUGUUGCUGCAACCGGUGGUCAUCCUUACUUGGCGGGUCUCGUCAUCAGCCUCCUCAAUGUAGUUGGCCAAUCUGCCUGCGGCUCAUCACUCCUCUCCGCCAAUCGGUUGGUAACCGCGGCCCACUGCUGGAACGACGGUGUCAGGCAGGCCUGGCAGUUUGAGGUUGUCCUGGGUUCCAGUUGGCUGUUCAUCGGCGGUACUAGGAUCUCCACGUCGCAGGUCGUCAUGCACCCGUCGUGGAACCCCUCAACGCUGGCCAAUGAUGUUGCUAUGAUCUAUCUGCCUACCAAUGUAGCCUUCUCAACUAUUAUCCAGCCCAUUGCCUUGCCAUCCACCACCCAACUGUGGGACCCAUUUGUGGGUCUGUGGUCUACUGCUUCUGGAUACGGCAAGACCAGUGACUUACAAACCGGCGUGUCGACGGCCAGCGUGGUGAGCCAAGUGUCCCUGCAAGUGAUCUCGGUGGCGCAGUGCCAACUCACUUUCGGUCACUGGAUUCUCGACAGCACCCUCUGCACCAACGGUAUCGGGGGCGUCGGCAUCUGCGGCGGCGACUCCGGCGGUCCGCUGGUCGUUAAUUCCAACGGACAGAAUAUUUUGGUGGGCAUCAGCUCGUUCGUAGCAGCGGCCGGUUGCCAGCUCGGCCACCCCUCGGCCUUCGCCAGGGUCACCAGCUUCUACAGCUUCAUAGUCAGCCAUCUGUAAACCUGACCCAACUUGAACG